AUGGAUGGGCCUACACUUGCCGCAGUAGUGAGCGGUGACCGCUUCCACCUCUACGGAAAGCCCUUGGGUCCUUUGGAACAACGCAAUUCCCCCGAUCCGUAUCGUUCCCCGUCCGGUCAGCCUGAAGAAAGAGCAGAGGAUCAGACGAAGCCGAACAAGGGGUCCGCAUUCAAGGAGAUUCCGGAUGGGACCACAACUGUCAAGACAAGAGCGAGCCUGGAAAUAAUGGACAUGGCUGGUCAGGAUGCCCGCGACGAUCUUGAAGACAACAGUGCGCAUGCACCCAGGGGUGAUGAUGCUUCGACGAUUUCUGUGCAGACAGCCUCCGUGCUUUCAAAUGGCAAGACCGUUUGGGGCCCUCCUGUUCUGGAUGAACAGGUUGAGGAUGCAGAUCGGACAGGUUCACCUCCACAGGGCACCGGGCCCAAAGACAUGCGUCUCCAACAGGAAAGAGUCCUUCGACUGCCUGCUGAAAAGCUGCAAGCUCUUACCUCGUCUCCCGAGUCGAUUCCAAGCCAUCCUUUGGAGCAGAGGCAAUCGCCACGUUCUGCCAGUGAGGGAACUGAUGCUACUGUCGUUGACCUACCUCCGGCAAAGGUGGUCGAUUUCUCCGACGAAGAUGUGUUCACGUCCGGAUUUCCAGUAGAUGCAACCGAAUCAGAUAGGCCUGGCGAUGCGGAGACCAAACGGCCUCGCAAGAAACUCACCAUAGAGGUUACUGCUGAGCACAAUAUUCGGUCACUGAAGAGCCCGGGUCUCAGACCAGGAGGCCUUCAACGAGCCCUCUCGACACCAAGUUCCAUCAAGAGCCCUCAAUCCCCUUCGAGACCAGACAGAGUACGUCCGACCCUUAAGGUACCAGAUGGUGCUCUGCGUACUGAACACGCCAGCGGAAGAGGAGUGCCCUCUUCUGGUCGACCCUUCCCCUCGCCGAUGCCCCCGUCAAUCCCCUUGCCGCCCAUGUCGAUUCCCACCUAUCUGCAGCUCGAGCUCUCCUCUACACGGCCUUCCCAGCUCUAUCUGCAUCAGUCUUCCAGGAGCGACUUCCCCUAUGAGUCUUCACAGGCCAAACUUGAGAGGCUGGUCAAUUUUCUGCUGCUUCCUCUACACCUGGAGAGUGUACUCUGGUUUGGCAUGCUUACCUGUCUCGACUCCUGGCUGCACACUUUUACUAUUCUGCCGCUCAGGCUCCUUAAAUCAUUCUACCUACUUACGAAAUCAUGGGCUAUCAAUUUAAUGACCGAGGGCCACUUCGUUUCGAACUUUGUGUACAACGGCGCUGGAAGAAUGUGGGAACGGUGGCGUCGGAGCAGCAUGUUGCAGGAUCCAGGGCCACCAGCAUCUCAAUCUAGUCCCCCGGAGACAAAGCUGUCUCAGGACGGACUGAGUCGCGACCGCAAGCAAGCGAAGUACCAUCAGAGAACCAAGUCCAUUCCGUCGACCUUACUACCAGACAACAAGGCGGACAUACUAAAGGGACUGUUGAUUAUAUGUACAUGCCUCAUCCUCCUCAAGCUCGAUGCCAGCCGCAUGUACCACUGGAUUCGAGGGCAGGCCGCGAUCAAACUAUAUGUCAUCUACAACCUACUCGAAGUCUGCGACCGCCUCCUUUCAGCGCUAGGUCAAGAUGUCCUAGAGUGUCUCUUUUCCAGAGAAGCGCUUGAGCGCAAACCGGACGGUCACAGCAAGGUUCUGCGGCCUUUUUGGUUGUUCGUGCUUGCUCUGGUAUAUACCGUUGCUCACUCCACGGCCCUGUUCUAUCAGGUCAUCACGCUCAAUGUGGCCGUCAACUCCUAUUCGAAUGCACUCAUCACUCUACUCUUAUCCAAUCAAUUUGUCGAGAUCAAGUCGACAGUGUUCAAAAAAUUCGAAAAGGAGAAUCUAUUUCAGCUGACCUGUGCGGACAUUGUCGAACGAUUUCAACUCUGGCACAUGCUUAUCAUUAUCGCGUCUCGCAACAUCGUCGAAACUGGUGGGUUGAGCGCUGGAUUGAAUGCCCUGACAGGAUCAUCAUUAGCGACGGCGUCGACUGCUUUGACCAGUAACAACAACGUGCCCUUGACGACUGCCCUUCCACCGAUGUCAUCAAGUACGAUCCUCCCUCGGUCCUUCACUCUUAUGCCCACUGUGGUGAGUUCGAUAACAUCAUACGCACCUGCAGUCAGCCAAGUACUGGGACCGUUUCUGGCCGUCCUGGGUUCGGAGAUGCUGGUGGAUUGGAUCAAACACGCGUACAUCAACAAAUUCAACAACACCCGUCCAACGAUCUAUGACCGAUUUCUAGACGUCCUUGCCAAGGACUACUACACGCACGCUUUCGGUGAUCAGAAUCUAACCAAGCGGCUGGGGCUCCCCGUCAUACCUUUGAGCUGUCUCCUCAUCCGGGCCAGUGUUCAGACCUACCAGAUGUACAUGGCAGCCUGGGUACCGGCAAGGCUGUCAAGCUCGUCGAACAGUCUGGCCAGCAUUUACGAGCACUAUUCGACUGCAAGGUCAACAAUGCCGCUGACAACGGGGACGGCAAUAUCCAGGACCGUCGAUGACCUCAUCAGAGCCAUUCCAGCGUUUAUUACGGGCUCCCCCCUCGUAACCCACUUGACCGCGGUCCUUGUGGUCCUCCUAAUCUUCUUGAUGUUGCUAGCCUGCAAACUCGUCCUUGGGAUGAUGCUGCUCGCCUUCGCCAGAUCUCGGUACCACUCGAUGAAGAUGCGCGAGGGGAAUUCGACCUAUCGAGUGGAGGGCGGCCGGCGUGUUGGCGGGUGGGGAGUCGUGGAAGUGGAUGAAGACAAGCGGCGUUGGAUAUAUGAAGAUGACCCUGGCGGGCUGCGGGCAUUACGUGAACGGGAGGAGCGCGAGAAACAGAAGCAGCAAAAAGACAAGGAUAGGGGUGGAGGAGUCGACAGCCUCGAUACAGUCGAACGGUAUGAAAUGGUCGCGAAACGAAUAUGGUGA